AGAUCAGUUCUGUGCAAAGUUACUCACUCUUUCUGCAUGUUCGGCUCUCUGCAGUUGUCUACUGGUGCUUAUAAACGCGUAGUCUACGAGGUGCCUUCUGGGAAGCAAGUCGCUGAGCAAGCAGUGAUAGACAGAAUAACCUGGGCCACGUGGACAAGCGUCCUCGGAGAUGAGGUGGUGGGGAUCUGGUCCAGGAACACAGAUAAAGCAGACGUAACCUGUGCUUGUGUGUCUCACUCCGGCCUCAACAUCGUCACAGGUGACGACUUUGGAAUGGUAAAGCUGUUCGACUUCCCGUGUCCAGAGAAAUUUGCCAAACACAAACGUUUUCUGGGCCACUCUGCCCACCUGACCAACAUCCGCUUCACCAACGGGGAUCGCUUUGUCGUCAGCGCUGGAGGCGAUGAUAGAAGCCUGUUUGUAUGGCGGUGCGUUCACGCUCCUCACUGAGGGCAUGCGGUCCUCCUCUCCUCUGCCUCAAAACCUCCCAAGCCCAGCUGGCAGCGCGAGUGAACGAGGAUCAUCAGACGGAGUCUUCACCGCCCAUCUGCUCCGUGACCGGAUGCAUGCGUCUCAACGAGCCGUCACCCAUAACCCGAACUCAACCGUUUCUGAAUGAUAGUUGGGUCAGAGGCAUGACCCAGCGUACGCUAACAGAUCCGUCAGAUGUGUGUGUGUUUACCCCCCUUUUUGUUUUUCAAAAAAAAAAAAGAAGCUACAAGUUGCGGAACGCAAUUCAUUUUGGAGUCCACCCGUAUCAACGUUUUUUAAGAUUUUCUUCUUCCAGCUGAAAAAGAACUUGUAGCAAGCUAAGUACGAUUAGCCUUAAACUACCCGUGUUUUUGUUCGUUUAGGUUUGUGUGUUUUCGUCGAGUCUCAUUUUAUAUUAUAGCCUUUUUCUGUUGUAUUUCGGUUGGUUUUGAGGUUUAUUAGAUCUCCUGUGGCCUUCUCCCUGAAUGUAACACUGGCGUUAUAUUCUAGGAUGUCAGCAUGCCAAAGCAUUCUAUGCACUGUAUACUUGACCUGCUCACUGUGGUAGUCCAGUGGUCUGUUAAAUGUCGAUCUUGAACGUGAUCUCCCUAAACCGUAGAUGACACUCCUAACCUCAUACGUAGCAACUUAGUGAACUUGAGAUGUCCGUCCGUGCGAGUAGGUAUGAACCGUAUGCUUUGUGUUUUAUGUCCGAGAUCGAAGUUUAAAAGAAAAAAAAAAUGGCAAUGCAAAUCCCUGAGAAAAUGAAUGAAAAGUGUUCGUUUCAAUGCUGUCUUAUCUGAAAUCACUGUUCAUCUUGCUGCUGAAGCCUUUAUAACAUCGCAUUCAUUCUGAUUAGGAAUUGUUUCAGUUGUUUGAUUUUACUCCGCUGGAUCGUUGAGGCUCAGAAGCGAGCUGAAGACGCGAAAAUGCGACGUUCUCGCCUUCGGUGUCGCUCUGAUCGAAAGAGAUGCGCUUAAUUCGUAUUUUGAUUUUCUUGUUAUCAAUGUAAAUAUCAUUUGUAAAGACAUUCUUUUGUAUAUUUUUGUGAAAUGUUUCUUAAAAGCCAAAUUUAAUAAAAAAAAAAAAAAACAUAUAUAUGA